UGAAGUUAGUCCAAGAUGGCUACAUCCGUGCAUACACUCUUGGUUAGCUUCUCCCUGGCCAUUGUGCUGGGUUUGACUUCGCUGGGUGGACUGAACUCUUGGCCCUCAGGUCAGGCUUCUGCCCAGGUUUCGUCCGACAACCAGACGACAGAACCUUCCGUAAUACCAGAGUCCGCACUGGCUACCCCUACCACUCCGGAUGCGGAGGACAAAACGGCCCCCAUGAACGGUAACCGUUGCUGGGGUUACUACGAUGUCAUGGGCCAGUGGGACCCUCCUUUCAACUGUAACGUAGGUAUCUACCUGUUCUGCUGUGGCUCCUGCUUCUACCGCUUCUGCUGUCAGUUCAAAAUCCACAGUUUGGACCAGACUUCCUGUUCUAACUACGACACACCGGUGUGGGCAAACACCGGGAAGCCGGCCGCACCCGUCACAGAGGUCCGAGAGGAACCGGACAAGGAUCGGACCCACAUGAUCGUGUAUAUUAUCUGCGGAGUGGUGGCCAUCAUGGUGUUGGUCGGGAUUUUCACCAAGCUCGGCCUGGAGAAGAGUCAGGGAGGACAGACGGACAUGACCAACUCAAGAUCCUGUCCUGCUAACAUCCCAAAGGCCAACACUGGAGGACAGAGUAAACAGGGAGAAAAUUCCAGAAAACCCCCAGCAUGUCUCGGAUGGAGUCAGCCCUGUGUUAGGCCAUUUGAAAAUAAUUGGACUCUGACCGAGCUCAUGAAGCAGCCAGGUGAGGCAGGAUUGGUGGAUGGAACCGGGGUUCAUCAUCCUAUAGGGACCAACGGCAUCUCCGCCAGAUCCCUGCGCUCCAACAACGUGCCACAUGGGGCCAGUGCCAAUUAUAUCCGCACUGAGCUCGUCAACGACACCCCACCAGAGAGACAGAGAGAGAGAGACGGAGGGAGGGGAGUCAAACAGAGCAAAUAUGCUUUAAGAAUAUAUCAUAACCAUUUGAACAACGCAGCUUUGUCUCCCCUGGGCCCUGCCAUGGCGUUGUCUCACCCUCACAACAACCUGGGAAUUGGCUUCAACAAGUACACCUCGCUCAAGGCCGUGGACACAACUGCAAGGGACUACUACAAGAGCUACCCGAUGGUGGAUUACACCCACCGCCAGUCCCCUCCAACGUUCCAGCCAAUCAACUUCCACCCCAAGGACAAGCCCUUCCUCCCGCCGCCGGACAUCCACGCGCCACUGGCCAUCACAAUUAACGCCUCCCAGAUCCCCAAGCCCAAGAUCUCCAAGACAAACACCCACCCUCUGACCUCUAGCUCGGCCUUUAAAGCAUGGGACCCCAGUAAGAGCCACAUGCAGCACCCGGUGGCCACUCAUAUGGUCCUCCAGGGGCAGCAGCACCACCCCAUCCAGCAGCAGCACCACCAGCCGCUGCACCAGCAGAACAGCCGGCGCCUGGCCUACUCCAACAAAAGGCAGUUCAGCAUUGAGACGCUGCCUGAGCUCUUCUCGCAGCCGCUGGGCUACAGCCGCUCGCCGCACGUGCACCCCAAGCACAAGGGACUUCCCACCAACAGCAAGACGGAGGUCACCGUCUGAACAUGGGGACGAACGGGCGAAUGGACAGAAGAGGAGAUCCAAGUGGAGUUGUAAGCAACUUUCAAAGAAGUGCUCAGAUAUCUUUUAUAUCCACAGCCGUAAUGGCGGGAGGAGAGAAAGCAAAUAUCGUGUAUAAUCAGAUUAUGAUUUGUUUUUUACAUUUUCCUCAUUGAUGUUGACAAUAAUAAUAAUUAUAAUAAUAAUGUGAGUGAUAGUUGUGUUCUUUCAAGAACACUGGAUCAAAACAGCAGCAGAAGAUUAACCUUGAAGGUGGUGGAUUGGCAGGCUGUGACUCUUUGAACCUGGCCGCUCCCCUAAAUAAUAGAGUGGCCUCUCAGUGUGUUGGCACAGCUCACCCCUUCUUCUGCAAACCCCUUGCACCUCAAUGACACUCUGAACCGCUCUGCAGCACAAACGUUCAAAUGCCACAUACACCCACUAUUUACCCCACAAACUAGUCCAGACGCACGCCACCCAUCUGCUACUUCAGCACCAAGGACAGCGCCCUGGAUUCAUCACUACAACACACAGUGCACACAGGAACGCCUCCUAAACCCACCGAGGCUGGUCAGGUCGAUUCACGAAAUCGAAUCAAGUCUACAGUGGCCACAAUCGGCUUCGGCGCCUUCGGCACAGCUGGAAUGGGGUGCAGCUGUGGCCGAUGGAGGCCACAGAUAUGUUUCAGAGCCAUAACGUCGGAGCCAUGGAUUCUAACUUGCACAGACCUCAGUGAGAUGAAGGAUCAAUGAGUCAGACAAACAAGACAAACAUUUUCUCUUUGACCACCCCUCUGCCUCCCUGCAUCGUUCUGCUACUAGGAUAUGGAGAAAUGGGAUGUCAGGUCAACCGAUGCCUUUUGGUCAUUUUGGGAGUCCCCCCCUUAGAGUGCCUGCUGUCAGAGAGGCUGUUGGGGAGGGGGGGGGGGGGUGUUUCCCAUGAAACUUUGGAUCCCCAUCAGCAGAGACAAUGCGAUUGUGUUGUCAUCUCCCCACGCCCUCCAGCACCUCCAGGGAGUGAGAUAUCAGCCUGGCAAUUCAUACCAAGCGAGAGAGGGGGGGGGUUGGUUAUUCAUCUCAUCUGAGGGGCAAAUGAGAGGAGAAGGAUCUGAACCACGUAAACACACACAGACACACACAGCACAUAAAAACUACAGACUCCUCCCAAUGACAGUCAAACACACUUGUUUCUCCACACACUCGUCUUUCGCGAUGUUAGUAUUAGUAAUAUUUCGUUGAGCUGAUUCACUUCAGUCAACAUUUUUUGUGUGGCUGUGGAUAUUAAGCUCGAAAGAAACGUAGGAGAGGUCAUUGUAAAGUCAUUGCGUUCUCUCCUCUUAUCCUUCUACACACUAGUUGUUUUUUUGAGAAAUGUCAGUCAAUGCUGCGAGUUGUACCAAAAAGUGAAACUACGGUCUCUGAAUAUAGAUCAUGUACACCCAUUUUUACUUUUUACUCCAUUUAGCGGACAGAGGAGCAGGUUGGCAGGGACAUGGUUUCAUAAUAAAACACUUCAUGGUUAACAACAUGAAGUGUUUAUGGAAGAAGGAAGCAAUGAUGCGUUACUUCUCGCAGUAAGGCUAUUCCUAAACACAGCUGUUUGACGCAUGUGUUUCCUACUGCAAUGCUAACAUAUUCUGAUUGGCGGAGGCCACUUUUAAGUGCACUGCAUUGCACUUCAGUCUUUCUAAUGCUAUCCUUUUGCAUUCAGUGAACAACAGGUCAUUUAAUUCCUACUUUUAAUCCAACACAGUAAACGCAACUAGUUUCUUGCUUUUAUGCUAUUAACAUAUAUUGUGUCUUCAUUGCUGCCUCGCUAACGUCGAAACUCUAUGCAGGCUCUUUGUUGAACAUCUAUUAUUCUAUUUCUGCUAGGUUAAAUAAAAAAAUAAAUAUGUUUCUGAUAUACAGUUCUGUUAUAUAUCAACCUAGUGCAUUGGUAGCACCCAUCAAUGCUAUAUUCUCCAUUGCAUUUAGCUUUUUGAGUUUACUAUACAGUAUCACCAUAGUGAAAGUCUCACGUGACUCACUAUGCAAUGUGAAAAUCUCAGUAAUGUCACUGUUUACUUAAUUAGUAAAGCUAUUAGCUUUCCACUCAGUAAUACAUGACAUUAUAUUACAUGUUUCAAGCAACCCGUUGAAACUGUUCAUUUCUGGCUUCAGCUGCUUUUCCGCCUUUAAUAUCUCGUACCUCUACACCACAUUUCCUCCUCCCCUCCUCCACCAUUCAGAACAGCCCAACAGGCACUCUGACUCACUGAUUGAAUUCACCUUCAUUUGUUAUCGCGAGGACACCAGCUAUGCCGCACUGCAAAUGCCUGCCGCAUGCUGCAGCACAUCAGACAGGUGGUGGAACCUAAUCAAACAGCGGCGCUUACCAGAAGUCACACAUUAUUUAGCAACUUCUCCAGCUCCGACUCGCUUUUGGUCUCCGUUCCGCCGCUUUCUCUCUCGCUCUCUCUCUCUCUCUCUUUCCAUUUCCUGACAACCUUCCUGACAGUUUUAUACUCCCCUCAACCUCCCUCUGUGCAGCCAUGUCCAUGGAAAGUUGAGCGAUGGACAGCAAGCGCUUGUGUGCUAUUUGCUAUCCGGUGCUCCAGGCUGUUGUAAAGCAUGGUAUUCUCACUGGGUCCUCCGAUUUACUCCCUUAUGCAACCUCGUGCUCACGUGCACAAGUAAACUCAAGCAUCCCCAAACAACGGCAGGAAUGACCACACUAAGUGGAUUUUCGUGCCAAUUUUUGAUUCCAAUGAUUUUCCUUCCAAGCAUCUUGCAUCUCAAUCUAAUAGAGCUGUAAAUGUACACAAGAAAAUAAAGCGAGCGAUGGAAAAGAACUUUAGCUAGGGAAGAAUAACUGAGCAAUAUAAUGCUUACUUGUAAUACUGCAAUGGCUUCUCCACUUUCAGCUACAAGCUUCAAAGCGACUGCCAUGCUUUUGUAAUAAGGGAUCAGCGCAGAGUGUGGAGCAUAAAUACAAAAGCAUGAAUGGGAUAUGCAUGUUGUGAAUAUGCAUCAUCCGCGCUUAUACUCUCGCCAUCACCGCAUUGUACGUAAUUAACCAAGUUGCAGCAAGUCUCUCCUGCUUGGCUUCCAUUUCACUUUGACUUUUAUUGGUCGCCACACUUUAAGUGGGUCACUCCAUAUGAAAAGUAUUCUGGCCUCCAACAGCCCUACCAAAUUAUUAUAUCACAUUACCAUAAAUAUAAGGUGUCUGUCCUGGAUCACUCAAAAUGCAUUAGAUGUGGAGAUCAAACGAGGAAUGAGUAAACAAGCAAUAUGCGUCGGUAAAGCAAUAAGCGUCCAACUGUCCUCCCCCCUAUCCUUAUCUCUCUCAGUCUGUGUGUCUGGAGCCCUCCUCGGAGUUCAAUGGCUGGGUUGCUUAUGCGGGUUUGGGUUUUCAACCCGAGCGAUCGGAGACCUGAGCGAAAGAUUGAGCGGUGUUGCAGGUACACGGCCGAUUUGGAUUUAUUCGGAUCCUCUAAAAAACGUAAUUUCUGAGAUUUAUCUCUGUGAUGCAUACAAGCAACCAGCUUUCCAGAGCAUGGUGUGACUGUACCUGAAAUGGGAUGUUGGUCUUUUAUAUAUACGGACUUGCACAAUUUCAACAUCACAGCCAUAGUUGUGUUUGGGUCUCGGACGAUACUCUGACUUAACAAACAGCCCUGUAGGUUUAACACAAUGGCAACACUUGCUCCAGGAUUUACAAUAGCAGGAGUGUGCAGUGAGUCCUUGAGGACAAACAGAGCCUGGGGACAGGCUAAAGCAAACUUCUGACAACUUCUUUUCGACUUUCCUCAAGUUUUGCUGGCUGACGUUGCUGACAACGAUUCUCCCGACAGAGUCUGAACAGCAAGCACUAUAAAUGGCAGAUUCUUGAAUAUCUUCUUUCUCUUUGGGAGAUGUGCAUCGGACAUGCCACAAUCCCAAGACACAAUCUUGCUGAUGUGCUGGAUAAUACUUUUUAAUGUUCAUUUCCCUGUUGCCAGGCAUCCAGGAACAGUGAUUUUUUUUCUCAAUGCUGAAUGGACAAAAGACUGUCAGGAAAAGCAGUUGGUAAAGCUGAAUAAAUUCGUCUGAAACAGCUUUUUCGAUGAGCCACAGUUUUUCCUCUGUUGUAGACAAUGUAGAUACUGCAACACGUGCAAAACAUACACGCACAUACAUACACACAAAACGAAAGUCAAGAGCCACAGUAAUUAUAUAUCUUCUGUACAAUGUCCACAACUUUGUGGUACGCAACAGGACCAAAAGCCUUGAAUCAGGGGAAACUGAGUACACCUAACUGAUGCUUUAAUAUCCAGAACAGUGAACAUGAUGAGACUGUUUGGAUCAUCAGCUUAGAGUGCACUUACUCAAUUUCUCCUGAUUAACGACAGACUAUGGCGUCACUCGCUCAUCUCAGAGCUAACUGACUGUUGUUUGUAAAACUUUCUCUCUAUAAAAGAAACAAUGCAAGUAUUCUACCAAGGGUUAUCCGAAUGCAACCUGGUAAACAUACUUUGGCUCCAUGAUCCCUAGCAAUAUAUAGAUUAUGGUGUAUGGUUCAAUUGUUUCUUUGUACUCUGUCAGUUUAUUUUUUUGUAAUGUGUUUUUUCAAGGAUUAAACUCCUGUCAAAAACAAAAAAAUAAGUAAAUUUUACCAAUGGAAGGUUAAAAGUGCUUCCAGAUGUUAGACGGCUGCGCACCCUUCAUCCCUCCCCCUGCUCACCUUCCUUUACCAGCAGAGGAUGUCAUGUUUGAAGCUUGUGAUUUUUUGAGUUACAUUGUAUGGUAUACAUGCACUCAUGUAUUAAUGUUAAAAAAUAUUGCAUUGUAUUCAAGUGCUUUGCCAACACAUUAGCUGAAAGAUGAAAGGAAGCGUCAGUGAUUUCUUGUACAGCUUUUGCUUCUGAGAAAAAUGACAAAAAAAAAAUCAUGCAAUGUUUCAUGAUAAUUUGUAAUUGGCAGCAAUAGGCUGCCUUGGAUUGCUAUGUACUAAUUGUGUAUAUAUGUAUGCUGUACCACUUGUCCGCUGUGAAAUUUGUUGACUACUCAGCUUAUAUAAGGGCUUUUUAUAGAUAUAAAAACAGACAGGGCAAUCACUCUCUGUAACUCAAGACAAAUUUCUCUAUAGAGUUUUUUUUUUUUUAGGGAUGACGGGAUAUGAACAGAAUUUCCAUGCAUACAAAAUGCUACAUAAAUAAAGUUUUGACUGACAAACUAGCUAAAUUGUCUAUAGGCAAACAUGCAAUGUUGGCCCAUGUGUCCCGUUUGAAUAAAUAUUUCGAGAAAUAUAGCA